AGAGAUGCAAGUAACGGUUUCGGCUUUCCGAUCCUCCCACGACAUUGUCAAGCUGGAAGAGCAUGAUUGUUCGCAAAAUUUGAAGGUGUCCUCCUUCGCAAAGUGGGAGAGAAAGGGGAUAGAGGGGGAAUAAAUAAGGCAGUGUGUACCUUGCCAGAAAUUCGCCGAAUGUUCACCUGAUGGAUAUAUAAAGGGAUCCUGUCCAUGGUAUUACGAGUCAGUGCAACGUGAAACUCGUGUGGAGGAACCACAAAAAAAGACUGUACUUAAAAUCGAAAGAGAUUCAGGAUGUACAGACUGGCAAUCAUAUUGGGCUUGAUAGCCGUAUCAUCGGGUGCGUCGUUGACCCAGUCGUACACCACGCCGAUUCCAAUCCUGAGGCAAACGGCGGACGGUCCCAAUCCAGACGGAAGUUACAGUUACAGUUACGAGACGGGAAAUGGCAUCCAGGCACAAGAGGUCGGCUACCUUAACUACAUAGGCACCCAGGCGGAGGCUCGCGAAGCCCAGGGAAGCUACAGCUACACCGCGCCAAACGGUGAAAUUGUUCAAGUGACCUACGUGGCUAACGAGAAUGGAUUCCAACCCCAGGGUAGUCACAUCCCGCCCAUUCCACCCCAGAUUCUCAAGGCUCUCGAAUACAUUGCCGCUCAUCCUGAAGAGAACAAUAUCGGGGCUCAAUGAGACGAGACGCGUCGACCUACAAGCGAGACAGCAUCAGUCUUCAGGUUUCUCGACCAUGAAGUAACCAAACUGCUCCUUUGAUAGAUAUGAUUCUCGACCGAUCUGAGAUCAUUUCGUUUCCGAUUGUUCACGAGCAGAAAUUUCUUGCGAUCGAUUCUAAUCAAUUUUAUCGUCGUGUUAAUAUGAACAAGUUUAGCAUUCAUUUAGUAUUCACAAAUAGGAUUCGAAACUGUGGUACUUAAUUAGUAUUCGAGCUCUGAUGAGUAAUAUAUUAAGUAUCCAAGGUUGCAUUAAUAAUAUAUGCAUGUCUGAGUUUUGAUAAAUGUAUCAAGUAUUUGAGUCUUAAUGAAAAAUAUCUCAAUAUCCAAAUUCUGAUAAAUAUAUCAAAUAUUCGAGUUUUGAUAAAUAUGUCAAGUAGCUUUGGUAAAUAAUGUAUGAAGUUAUAUGUUUGAUAAGAUAAUAUAGUUCGAUAAUUCGCUGCCAUAUAAUUUACUGAGAGUAGUAGGAACGCCCACUUGUCACGUGUGUUACGCAUGCGCAAUUAGUUUAGACUUCAUAUUGAAUACAUGUACCAUUGUAUGAAAUUAUAUUUUUUUAUUUUAUUUGCUUGAAAACAAGUGGAAAUGAAACUCUGCCAUAUUAAGUCUAUGUCUGGGAUAUGAUAUAUGUGAACUGCCUAAAAUUUUAUUAAUUUAUUUUGUAUCAUUAUAUUUUGUAUAAAACUAAGUGUA